AUCCAUCCGGCCCUGGUCUCGCUCGGACUAUCAUGGAUGAUCAAGCAAGGUCGUACCAAAUCUUCAGGUGAGAGACACACCAGGUGCCAGGAAAACUACCAACGCGACUUUAAACCAGACAAUAUUACCAUCAGUACCGAGUACUCCGUUCCCCAUACUCCGUACGGAGUACAACCCAUGCUUAUCAAUAGAUUAAUGCCUCUGUAACGACCCAUCGACUCCCCUUCUUCUUCAUCCUGCGCCCUCUUGACGUGCCCCUCCGCCAUCCAAUGCGGCUUUUGGGCGCCCAUUCAGUAUCACGUGACACACCACAGGGGGCCAGAAAUUGGGCAGAGUUGCUUGGCGCCAGAAGCGGUUUAGCGCUGUGAAGCUGCCAAUUGCCAAAGCUCAGACGGGCAUCGAAACCGUGCAGCGUAAACAAACGUGGUUCCCUUCGCCGAUGAUGACGGCGGCACCACCACAAUUGCAUCCCGUCAAUAAAUAGCCGUCAUACAGACGCGUCUUUACUUACCCUGCUAAAUUUAAAACUGGUUUAGUGGCAAAUGAACCCUUGUAGGAGUUGAGAACCGCAAAUAUGUUGGGAUGGUUGGCAGGUGCCGGGCGCGGGGAAGGCGUCGAUGCACCUGAGACUCCAGCUCCUGCGUUCGCCUACAAAGCUUUCAAAAACGCUCUCCUCGGCACUCCCGCCGAGAUCGACGAGGACCGCGAGCUUACCAUUCCACUAAAACCACUAGAGAACACUUACCAGCGAAGCGAUAAUCUUAUUAAAAAACUUGAGAAAGCCAGAUCCGAGGCGAAGGAUAAAUCCCAACCGCGAGAGCCCUUGCCGCCACCGAAAGAGGCAGCCCAACCCAUGGCUUCUCCGGCAAAAAGUAUUCUGGUUACACCCGGAACAGCGGCGGGGCGGAGAAAGACUGUAUCAUUUGGUGAAGGCGUCAUUGAUAACGAGCGCAAACGAUCUACCCUUGGCCUAAGCCCAAAGAAGGACCUACUCUCCGGAAACAUCAGUCGACAAUGGCCCGCUCCAACCUCGGACCUGUCAAGGAAAAAUCGAAGCAAAUCUUCCCAAUCUUCCCUAAAUGCGCAAGAGCACAAGCCCUGCGAAGAAGACGAUCUUUUUAACAUCACAGAGAAAAAGAAAACUACCCCUACCGAAAAGCCUGCCACACCUACUCCACAAAUUUCCCAGGAUCCUGUCGAAGAGACUGAUGAUGAUCCUACCACAAAUCUAAAUGAGCCUCACUCGCAAUCAGGGAAAUUUUGGAAGGCUGAAUAUGAGAGCUAUAGAACGAAAUCUGAUCGCGAAAUCAAAAAGCUGCUCGAGUACCGGGCACUAACAAAGUCGUUUGCAAGGAAAAAAGAUGAGCAAGUCAGCCGUCUAACGGAUAAACUGAGGCAGGAGGAGGAGAAGCUCCAAGUUAUGGAGCAUCAUCUUGCCGAAAUUGCUGCCAAAAUGGCUGACAACAUCAAUACUGGAGAACCCAAGGAUGAAGCCAUGGUUAAGGAGCUUUCUCAACAAACCGCAUUGACAUUGAAACAUAAGCACAAGGCAGCCAGUCUACGACGAACACUCGAACGACAUGGGGUCUUGGACAGUGAUGAAAGCUCUCAUGACGAUGACCCAAAACAGGAUGCUGUGAUGCGGAAGCUUCGUGAAGUACAGGCAGAGUUAGACCUAGCCAACGCUCGGUUAAAAUCUCAGGGUCGGUCGGAUGGCCUUAAAAGGCUGCAAACACUUGUUGAAAGCUCAGAAAAGAAAGCUCGUGAGCUUGACAACGAGAACUUGUCUCUCAAACAAGAUCUUGCAAAGAUCAAAAAGGAAAUCUCAACUUACGAAGGGAGACGGGUGUCUAAAGAGGCAAGAUUAAAGCGGAAACAAGAAGAUCUUGAGCGUCGAGUUAAAGAAUAUAGCGAGCGACUCAGGGAUUCUUCAAAGGCUCAUUGGGAAGCACAAGAUGCACUAAAAAAGACAUUUGAAGCCGAGAAGAGAGAAAUGCAAGACAUUAUUGAUUCAUUAAGAAGCGAGCUAGCCGCAGUCGAAAAACGAGCUUCCACAAAUAACUGCACUCUUCCCGACCCAGGCAGGACUUCAGGUCGACAGUCAUCCCCAAGCAAACAGGAAGGUGAUGCUACACAACAUCGGGAACACAGAUCAUCCCACCAGAACGGACAAAGCCGGGCCAACCCAACAACGAACAACACUGAAAGAGAAAGAGAAAGAGAAAGAGAAAGAGAAAGAGAAAGAAGCGUACCGCGGCAUUCAUCCAGACCAAGCAAUGCGGACCUCCGGCCGCAACGUCCUAGAGAUAAUAUUCAGAUAUCUCCAUUGCGCGACUUAAAUAGCCGCGACGAUGCGGCCAUGCUAACAGAUUUAGGCGGCGACGACCUCCCGCCUAAUAUACUCAAGCGCCGCCAGAACAACCUGGAUCUUCUAGCAGCUGCUAAAUUACUGCCUCCCCAACGCUGUCGUUCAGCGUCCCCGAAAAAGUCUACCACUCAAGAGGACUACGUGAGGACUACUCUCUCGCCCAGACCCUCCAUGGUUUACAUGGAACUUGAUGAAAGGAAAAAAAGCGCCAACUUUCGUCCUCGCCCGGCAAAAAAUACAGACGAUAAAACUCCACGACAAAAAGCCAGCAAAACGUCUGGUUUAAAUCGACAAAUGUCCCUAGUGCCAGACUUCCAUUUGCCCGCCAGUACUGCAGCCGAAGCUUUUGCACUCGCGCACCCUGAGCGGUCCGCGAGUGCGAAAGCGCGGCUUCAACGUAGCAGCGACGAUGCAAAGAAAGCUCGGGCUCAAGGGAAAGAGAACGUAUACACGGCAGUUUGA